AAUAUUCUGUUUAGGCCCCUGAAGCCGUCGGACCGGCUCUACCAAAUAAUCUAAAAAUAACUUUCUGAGUCGCUGACAGUGCAGGGAGCUCCCAUUUUCUCCUCGAUUGCGCGGUGCUUGAACGCACCACCAGCCUGGCUGAUGUUACUUCGCCUAGGCUGGGUUUUCACAGCGGGCUUUGGGUCUUCAGGUGCGGCAGCCAGCAGACCUCUCGGCGCCGGACGGAGUGGAUUUCCUCCCCGAACACAUUUUAUUUCUCCCCCUCUGUGUUCCGGUUCGGUCACCGUGCUGGACGUGUCUCCCACGGAGGGUGAAUCCGACAGGCCUUGAAGGCAUCAGCGUUCCAAAGAGCGGAGGCUGUUUUCUCCUCCUAUCAGCGCCAUUGUGUGGCGGAGUCUCCGGGAGUGAGGACCGAUUGUUUUUCUGUUGCCGACGGGACUGUUUAAAUACCCCCUCAUGUUUCUCUGUGGACCCCCGGCGGAUCUGGAUCUGAUAUAUGUUCUGUAAAGGUGCAAAGCGGAAGUUGGAAGAGGAUGAAGAGGGCCUGGAAGGCAAAGCGCUGGAGGCGUCGGUGGCGGGAGCGGGGGUAGGCGUUGCCUUGGAGGGUCUUUCCAAGGUGUCCUACACCCUUCAGAGACAGACCAUCUUCAACAUCUCCCUGAUGAAGCUCUACAGCCAGCGGCCGCUUGGCGAGCCCAGCUUGGAGCGCCGCGUCCUCAUCAACAACAUGCUCCGCCGCAUCCAGGAUGAGCUCAAGCAGGAGGGCUCCCUGCGGCCACUGUUUCUGCCGCCCUCGCCGCCGCCUGAUGACCCCAUGGACGAGGGGUUCCGCGAGGCGCCGCCAUCUUUCGGCAUCCUGUCCCAACCAUCUGCACUGUUGAUGCCGGCGAUUCCUCCACCACCUUCGCCCCACCCGAUGGUGCUUCCCAGCUGCCCGGCGCCCCAGCGCUUGGAAGGCUGCGCCACGCCCCUGGACGCCUGCCUCACUCCGGCCUCACUACUGGAAGAGGACGGUGGGGAUUCGGCGUUCUGCGCGCCGUCCCCACCCACUCCUCCUCUGUCUCCGCCCCCACUGGCUCCAUCAUCAGCGCUAAUGAGCAAGUUGUCCUCUAGUGUGACUGUCCUAUCAAACGACAGUUUCUCAUCCCCUCCGAGUGACAUGGAGUUGGCUCCUCCCACCGCCAUUACACGGACGGCAGCCGCUAAUACUAUGACCAUAACUACCUCCCCCACUCCAUCCCCUUUCUCAUCACCCACAGGCUCCACCAGAGACUGCAGGACAAUGGGUGCUAAGCCAGAGGCAGCUGCUGUUUUCCUGCCCGCACAUUCCCCUGCUAGCCUGGAAGACAUUUCCCCCUCGCCUUCGUCCCCUUCUUCUUCGGGUUUCCUCUCAGACUUGGCGCUGGACGACGUCCUGUUCGCCGAUAUUGACACGUCCAUGUACGACUUUGACCCUUGCACCACAGCAGGGGCCGUAGGCGCCACAGCUGGCGGUGGCGGUCACGCCAAGCUUUCGCCAGUGGUGAACGCCGACGACCUCCUCAAAACUCUGACGUCGCCGUACAGCGGCUCCGCCCCCCAGGUUUCAGCCAAUCAGCCUUUUAAAAUUGAUCUGACAGAACUGGACCACAUCAUGGAGGUGCUGGUGGGGUCAUGAUUCAACGACACCCUGACCUCCACCUGCAAAACUUUUUAUUAACCUGGAGAAACAGACUGGAUGGGAAAAAUUUGGGAUCGCUUUUAUUUUUAUCUCUUUAAAAGACUUUUUCUUCUAAGGUCGGUAAUUGUAAACAUCAAAGGUGAUGUCAACUAGUACUACUAUGACAACUACUACUUCUACACAACACUGUUCAUGCACUGUGCUCGCCUUUCUAGGUGUGGAAGUGAAGUAACGAGGAAGCAAAGCAUACACACCGCAAAAACAUAGAAGCAUUUUUGGUCUAGUUUCUCGUGCAAAUGUCUUGGUAUACUUGAAAUGAGACAAAACUAACUCACAAGUAACU